AUAUUGCUGGCGCUGGGAGCCGCUGCGCUGAGGCGAGCGACGCGAGGUGGGGGCUCUCGGCCGAGAAACGUCGAGGGGGGGGUCGAAACAUACAUAUAACAUUACAGUAAAGGUGAACCGGGAGCUCGGAGGCUUCGGCAGGACUCGAUCAUGGUGCUGUUAGCGACAGCAGUCUGUACCAAAGCCGGCAAGGCCAUAGUCUCGAGGCAGUUUGUGGAAAUGACGAGGACACGCAUUGAAGGGCUGCUGGCCGCGUUUCCCAAGCUGAUGAACACCGGGAAGCAGCACACAUUUGUAGAGACAGAGAGCGUGCGGUACGUGUACCAGCCCCUGGAGAAGCUCUACAUGGUGCUGAUCACCACCAAGAACAGCAACAUUCUGGAGGACCUUGAAACACUCCGUCUCUUCUCCCGGGUGAUCCCGGAGUACUGCAGGGUGUUGGAGGAGAGCGAGAUAUCGGAGCACUGCUUUGAUUUGAUCUUUGCCUUUGACGAGAUUGUGGCUCUGGGUUAUCGUGAGAAUGUCAACCUCGCUCAGAUCCGAACCUUCACCGAAAUGGAUUCCCACGAGGAGAAGGUGUUCCGUGCCGUCCGGGAGACACAAGAGCGUGAGGCGAAGGCGGAGAUGCGCCGCAAGGCUAAGGAGCUGCAGCAGGCUCGCAGAGACGCCGAGAGGCAGGGGAAGAAAGCACCGGGAUUCGGUGGCUUUGGCAGCUCUGCCGUGUCCGGUGGCACCUCAGCCUCCGUCAUAACCGACACCAUCAUCGAACCAGAGAAGCCAAAAGUCAUGGCGGGAGCAAUGAGACCCUCUGGUCCCAGCAAGGCCUUGAAGCUGGGAGCUAAGGGCAAGGACGUGGAGAACUUUGUGGACAAGCUGAAAUCAGAAGGAGAGCACGUCAGCACCACAUCGAAGCGCUCGUCAGAAGCAGCGAAGGUCCUUUCACCUCCCAUAAAUGUAGAAAGCGUGCACCUGAAGGUGGAAGAGAAAAUCUCGCUGACGUGCGGCCGGGACGGGGGCCUACAGAACAUGGAGGUCCACGGCAUGAUCACCCUGCGGGUCAGCGAUGACAAGUAUGGGAGGAUCCGCCUUCAGGUGGAGAACGACGACAAAAACGUCCAGUUACAGACUCACCCGAACGUCGACAAGAAGCUAUUCACUACAGACUGUCUGAUCGGCUUGAAGAACCCUGACAAGUCCUUCCCACUGAACAAUGACGUAGGGGUGCUCAAAUGGAGGUUGCAAACUACAGAUGAAUCUCUCAUUCCUCUAACUAUUAACUGCUGGCCCUCGGAGAGCGCUACUGGCUGCGAUGUAAAUAUUGAGUACGAGCUGCAGGAGGAGAGCUUGGAGCUGAAUGAUGUUUCCAUCCUCAUCCCAGUCCCAGCUGGCUUGGGUGCGCCUGUGAUCGGCGACAUUGAUGGCGAUUACCGCCAUGACAGCAGGCGAAGCAUCCUCGAGUGGUGCCUGCCGGUCAUCGAUGCCAAAAACAAGACCGGCAGCUUGGAGUUCAGCAUCGCCGGCCAGCCCAACGACUUCUUCCCCAUCAAUGUCUCCUUCGUCUCCAAAAAGAAUUACUGCAAUAUACAGGUGAGUGGCAUCAGCCACGUGGAGGGCAACAGCCCAGUGAGGUACUCUUCGGAAACCAUGUUAUUGGUCGACAAGUACGAGAUAUUGUAAAUCGAGACAGCAGAGCACGUUCCCCAGGAUCCCGAGGCAGCGUGAGGGGUUCGCCCGUUCAGGAGACCGAAGACCAUAACAUCCCUUUAAUAACGAACAUC